AUGAAAGGCGAUGUUCCACUGACGAACAACUGUGCGAACGAUGGGAGAAGAAAACAACGGAACUUCUCGCUACGACUCUGUAUCAUGCGGCGUUAUGGAAAAAUAUAUACUCUCGUAUCUACAUGCUUGACUUCUACGGCGUUUCAUAUCAGCCCACCUCUCCCUUCUGCUGUCGUCACAGGCCAGGCCGUUCCAUUCAAUUGGACUCGCGAUCUUUCAACAGAUCCAUCCGAAUUUAGUUUUCAGACAAUUCACGGUGAAGGACCAUCUUUCCCUGACUCUACAUACCCGGUAGACAAGGAUGAAGCAGGUCGGGAAAAUGGCUGGUUUACCUUAACAUUCACCCGGCCAGCGUACUAUAAUGUGAUAGCAAUCGACAACAGUACGAGGGCAUUCUUUCAAGCUCCCGUCGUAAUAGUGGUUACACACUCCACUGCCUCAGAUACAAAUUCUCCCGGUCCAUCGAUUACAGCUACCAACGAUGUGAACUCGAACACCAGCAUUGGAAAUCCGACGCCGGCAUCUGAACCAGAGACGAAUCGUCCACCUACAAGUACCGCUCCUCCCCAAACUUUAAGUGGCACAUCCGCAUCUUCCAGAAAUAUAAAACCGACAGUUAUCGGCUCUGUCGUCGGCGGUACCGUCUUCCUUCUACUCCUCCUCUUUUUCAUUCGCUAUCGCCGAAACAAACCAUCGCGUAGACUGAUCCCAACCCCGUAUCUGGAUAUGAAACCAUUUUCCGGUCCUUAUAUGGAUAUCAGGGAACGAAAAAUACAGUUGCUCAGCCAAAGGGAAGGCCUUGAACGUGAUUUAGAGGCAUAUGAGCAAGCGUCUCAAGGGUCGAAUUCGAGGACUGAGGACGUUCCCGAUAGUAUCAAUGAAUCAAAUCAGGAAGGAGUUGUACAGGUAUUUCGUCGUCAGAUAGAACUGUUAACACAGAGAAUGGCGGCUAUGGAGGCGGUCACAAUGGCACCUCCUGAUUACAGCUCCCGUACGAGCUGA